AUGGGGUGGACUUCUUUAAUAGCUCUACUGCUAAUACCAAUAGCUUCUGAAGCAGCCACCUAUCCAUGUGGUACCAGUUUCACACCAUGUCCAUCCAAAGCGUUUGGAGUUCGAACAGUACCAGAUACCUUUGGUGGUAAGGAUUUGUUGUUCCACAAAGCAAAAGAGAGUGAUCGAAUAAAACAGAAAGAAGCCCAGCGACUUGUUUCGUUCUCUCAGAUCUCUUCCGCAGCUCGAGAAGGUGUUCGGGAGAUGUCAUACAUGUUUAAUAAUACUGAAAAGAGUAUGAUGAAAUCAAUCAGAGGUUCUGAGUUGAAUCCUUCUGAAGUUGCAUGGCUAUCUUUCAUGAAAGCAGAUCAAUAUGCUAAAUAUCUAUCGUAUUCUGCACUGGUCUCUUUAGCAGCAACUAAAAAACUCUUCAAGUCAGUGUCUUCUAUGGACACUCUUUCGUUUUCAAACGUUUCCGGAACGGACAUUGAGAAGAACUGCCCUAUAAAUCAGAUCGACGAAUGUGUAGCUGGAAAAUAUAGAUCUUACUCUGGCCACUGCAACAACAUUCUCUCUCCGCUAAGAGGCGCUGUUUAUGAGCCAAUGAGGCGAAUGCUCUCUCCUGACUACGCUGAUAAAAUAUCUGAUCCCCGUGUUGCUACGAAUGGAAAGGUCCUGCCAUCUCCCCUUGUACUGAGUACACUGUUCACUCCUGCCCCAGCCGGUCAUGUUAGUUGCUCACUCAUGUUGGCCCAAUGGUCGUCUUUCUUGUAUGAUGAUUUGGCCCACAUUUCAAGUAACAGUCUCUUCAAAGGAGCGUUCUACAACUUGAACCAAGAAUCAACUCAGGAACAUAUCCCUAUGCCAUGCUGCCGAAACAAUGUCACACAUUCCGAAUGUUAUCCUAUUUUGAAAAACGGAUCUGACGAAUGUCUUUCCUAUACAAGAACGAUACCUGUUCCACGUGAGAACUGCACUCUUGGAUUCAGAGAACAAGGAAACCUGGUUACAAGCUAUCUGGACGGCAGCCAAAUCUAUGGCUCUUUUACUGAAACAACUAAUCGGCUCAGGUCCUUCCAAGAUGGUAAACUUGCUAUGCGAGUUUGGCCUAGCUAUCGAAAUGGAAUACCAAUGGAUGCAAGUUCUUCAGAUGUUUUCUGUAGAACAAGUAAUCCGUCUUAUAAGUGCUUUUUGACCGGAAACCACAGAUCAAACUUCCUUCCCAGUUCAAACUCUUUCUAUGCCUUAUGGAUGCGUCAGCACAACAGAGUUGCUGAAAAACUUAAAAAGCUCAACACUGAAUGGGAUGAUGAGCGUCUGUUCCAAGAAACCCGUCGUAUCAUUGUAGCUCAAAUUCAACAUAUCACAUACCGAGAAUACCUACCUCUGAUCAUCGGAAAAAAUAAUAUUGUGAAGUAUCAAUUAUCCUUGAGAAGCCAUGGAUAUGACAGUUCAUAUGAUAUAAAAAAAGACGGAUCAGUAUUCAACGAAUUCGCUACAGCUGUCGGACAGAUCUUUUUGACUCUUCUACCUGAUGAGUUGCUCACAAUGAACCUGGAUGGCACAGUGACUAAACGUCUCAGAUUAGAAAAAGUGUUCAAUGACCCUUCUAUACUCUAUGAGAAUGGUCGUAUUGAUAGCAUUCUUCGUGGUCUGUUACGUUCUCCGAUUUUGAAACCAGGCUUGCAUAUGUCUGAUCAAUUGAAAAACACGUUCGGUCAAAAUGUAAAGCAAGGAAUAGAUUUGGCCGCGAUGCUCAUCCAAAUGGGUCGUGAUCAUGGGAUUCCAGGUUACCUGAAAUUCAGAAGAUUGUGUCAGUUGGAAAGUGCUGAAUCGUUUGGAGCCUUAUCAACUCAGUUCAAAGACUCAGUGAACAUCACAGAAAUUCAAAACAUUUACGAAGAUCCAAAUGAUAUUGACUUGAUAGUUGGAGGACUUGCUGAAAAGCCUGUUAGCGGUGCUCUACUCGGACCCACGUUUGCUUGUCUCUAUGCUAUCCAGAUGCGUGAUACUAAGCAAGGUGAUCGCUUUUGGUAUGAAAAUUUCUUGGCUCCAUCAGCAUUCACUGUGAAUCAAGUUGAUGAACUGCGUAAAACAACGCUGGCUCGCAUUAUUUGUGAUAAUACGGAUAACAUUGGCUUAGUUCAACCUAAUCCUUUCUCUCUACCUGACAUCUAUGGUAACUGUCCAAUGACUUGUGAGUCCGCAGUUCUUCAAGGACCCAACUUCCAGUUGUGGAAAGAAGCAGAACUUCCUCGAAAGCUCCCUACAACUAGAGCUACACUGGAAAAAGCUAUCCGUUUAGGAAUAGAACAGUAUGCAAGACUCCAAGAAGCUGAAGGAAAACGUUUGGCUGAAAUACCACUCACUGUUGGACCAUCCUCGCUGUUCUCACAUGCAGCACUCCUAGCACCUAAACAGAAGUCUCUUGAUAUCGCUAAGACCGCUGGUGUUUUAAGAGAAGUUACAAAUAUUUUGAUAACUGGAGAAGGGCUCUCUGACGAUGAAAAACUACCAGCUGAGUUGGAUGUUCUGACUUUACAAAAGCUACUGCCAUCUAUUGAAGUCUCAUCCAUUAUCGGAAACUUCACUCCAUAUCUUGGACGGGAUCCACUACCCAAAGAGCAAUGCUUGCCUCAACCUUUACCAUGUGAUCAUACAACUAAAUAUCGAUCAUACUCAGGAUGGUGUAAUAACUUGAACAAUCCUAAGUACGGAAAUGCUUUCGAGGCGAUGAGAAGGAUCAUUGAACCAUCUUACGAUGAUGGGUUUGACAGUCCACGAAUGAAAUCAGUACUUGGAGGUGAUCUUCCUUCUGCACGUAGUAUUUCGAAUGCUGUUCAUAAUGACAAGCCCAUAUUCCACACACGUUUCUCUCAUUUGCUAAUGCAGUUUGGUCAAAUCCUCGAUCAUGAUAUGGCGCAUUCACCUAUUGCUCGAGGUGCCAACAACACUAUCCUCAACUGCAGUCGUUGUGACUCUUUUGAUACUCUAUCAAUUCAUUGUUUCCCUAUCAAAAUUGAUGAAGGCGACCCAUUCUUCCCUCAUAAACAUGCUGAUGGAAGCCCUAGGUGUAUACCAUUUGCCAGAUCCCUUCUCGCCCAAUUGACAUUAGGAUAUAGAAAUCAGCUUAAUCAGCUGACUUCAUUCAUUGAUGGCUCAUUCUUAUACGGAUCAACAGAAUGUGAAGCAAACAAGCUCAGAUACUUCAGAUCUGGAAAAAUGAAUUUCACCAACUUAGGUUUUAACAAAGAAGCACUACCUCAAGGAAAUCAAGAGCGUGAUUGUCGAUCAACAUUGCUCCAAGGGAACAAAAAAUGCUUCCAAGCCGGUGAUGAACGGAAUAACGAACAUCCAGGACUGACAGUGAUUCAUAAUAUCUUCCUACGUGAGCAUAACAGAAUAGCCACAAAGCUUGAGCGUUUGAACAAUUUAUGGAACGACGAGAUCCUGUUCCAAGAAACGCGAAGGAUACUUAUUGCCAAGAUUCAACAUAUUGUUUAUAAUGAAUGGCUUCCGAUUGUUCUGGGAUGUAGCACUAUGGAGAAGUAUGACUUGAGACCAUUAGCGAAUGGCUAUUAUGCUGGUUACGACGAGAGUUGUGAUGCUACAAUGAGUCAGGAGAUGUCAACUUCUGCUUUCCGUUUCGGUCACACUCUUAUUCGUGCAGAGUUCCCACGUAUGAACGAUCAAUUCAGAAAUGUUACUUCUUCCGUGAUACUAAAAGACCAUUUUUCAAACCCAUCUCCCUUGUAUGAUCAAAGAGAAGGACACUUGGAAUCUAUCUUGAUGGGACUUCUCGGGGCAGAAAGUAUGGCAUUCGAUCGUCAUGUUAUCGACGCGUUGAGAAACCAUCUCUUUGCUAAACCUGGAGCAACUUACAGUGGAAUUGAUCUUCCAGCAGUCAACAUUCAAAGAGCCCGCGAUCAUGGUGUAGCCGGGUACAACAGAUACAGAGAAGUCUGUAAGCUUCAUCGUGUCCAUCGUUUUGAAGACUUGAAAGAUGUUAUGGACUCUCAGGCUAUUCAAUCAUUGAAGUCCGUAUACAAACAUGUUGAUGACAUUGACUUGUUCCCUGGAAUCAUGAGUGAACGACCAAUGAUUGGAGCACUUGUUGGACCGACGCUCGCUUGCUUGAUAGCUGAGCAGAUGAGUCGGUUAAAGAAAUGUGAUCGUUUCUACUAUGAAAAUGACAAUCGUAUGACUCGCUUCACUCCCGAUCAAUUAGCCGAGAUUCGGAAAACGACAAUGUCAAAGCUAAUUUGUGAGAACAGUGUUUAUGCGAAGAACGUGCAGCCCAACUCAUUUUUACUUCCUGAUGACUUACAAAAUGCUCCCAUGCCAUGUGCAUCGUUAUCAGACACUGAUCUCUCUCCUUGGGCAGAUAGAAAAUUCUGUAUUAUUGAUGAGAGGGUAAUCAACUUGGGCCGAACGAAACGAAUAACUCCAUGCGUAUCAUGUACCUGUACCAUUGAAGGAGCUGAAUGCCAUUCCAUGACAAUUGAGAAUUGCAAUGAUUUAGUCCAAUCUUACACUAAAUCCGAUUUAUUGAAGGAUCCCGUUUGUCUGGUUCAGUGUGCUGCAUUCAUCACACGAGCAUAA